AUGGCAGACGACGGACAGUACUCUUCAGGUCCCGAUUCAGGCAGCCACAAGCGCAAAUACGAGGACCAGGGACCGCCGUCUUCCGUUGGUCGGAGGCCUACGGGAUUUUCAUCUCCAGAUUCGGCUCCUCCUCCUUCCUACAAUAGCGUGCCUCCACCUCUUGACGGAAUCGAGAUGGCCAAGCAGCGAGCUCAGGAGAUUGCCGCUCGCCUUACUGCCUCCGCCGCAUCUGUUGGCGCCGAGGCUAAGCGCCCUCGUGUCGAGAACGGCUCUGGCGGUGGCUUUGAUAACGAUAAGGGAUAUAUGUCCGCUCCUUUUGAUAUAAACCAUAUGUCAAACUCUGCUCCUCCUGCUAUACCGGUUUCAUACGGUAGCUACCAUGGCGCAAGCAAAACGAUUGACAUUCCACAGAAUAGGGUUGGUGUUAUUAUUGGGAAAGCUGGAGAAACCAUUAAAAAUCUUCAAAUGCAAUCUGGGGCAAAGAUUCAGAUCCAGCGAGAUAUGGAUGCAGAUCCUAAUUCUGUGACUAGGCCUGUGGAGCUCACGGGUAAUGCUGAAGAAAUAGCCAAGGCUGAGCAGUUGAUAAAUGAUGUUCUUGCUGAGGCUGAGGCAGGAGGUUCUGGCAUAGUUUCUCGAAGAUUGACAGGACAUGCUGGAAGUGAACAUUUUGAAAUGAAGAUACCGAAUAACAAGGUUGGUCUGGUGAUUGGUAAAGGUGGUGAAACAAUUAAAAAUAUGCAAGCUAGAACUGGAGCUCGUAUUCAGGUGAUCCCGCUGCACUUACCACCAGGUGAUCCAUCAACAGAAAGGACAUUACAUAUAGAUGGGACUAGUGAACAGAUUAGAAAUGCAAGAGAACUGGUUGAUGAGGUUAUAAGUGAGAAUCGUAUGAGAAAUCCGGCAAUGGCUGGAGGCUAUCAACAACAAGGUUAUCAAGCACGACCACCUCCAAGCUGGGGCCAAGGGGCUCCUCCAAUGCAGCAAGCUGGAUAUGGUUAUAUGCAACCUGGGGGAUAUCCUGGCCCAUCACCACAGUAUAACAUGUCUCAGCCACCUUAUGGGGGCUAUCCUUCCCAACCGUCAUCUGGUGGAUAUGCCUCUGGUUGGGACCAGUCUAUGCCACCAAACCCACAAAGUUCCUCUGCAGGUGGUUAUGAUUACUAUAAUCAACAGUCUUCUUCACAGCAGCAGCAAGCACCUGGUGAUUCAGCAGCUCCUGCCGAUAACAGUGGUUACCAUUACAGUCAACCUCCAGCUUCUGGCUACAUGCAACCAGGACAAGGCUAUGGUCAGGAUGGGUAUGGUGGAUACAAUGCACCUCCUCAAUCAGGUUAUGGGCAGCCAUCAUCAUAUGACCAACAGGGUUAUGGCUCUGCACCGAGCUAUGGUGCUUCAACGGACCCAAGUCUGGAGGGUCAAACUCCUUCCUAUGCCGGUCAAGGGGAUUCUGGCCAAGCACCUACUUCUACCCAACCAUCUGCAAUGGGCCAGCAAGGGUACAAUACUAGUCAGAUGGCUAGCCCAAAUCCUGGCAGUUAUCCACCUCAAGGAAGUACUCAAGCUGGAACUUCACAGGCUGGGUAUGGGAGUCAACCACCGGCUCAGUCUGGCUAUGGAGGAUAUGGACCAGCACAAGGGAAGAAACCAUUGGUUAAUAACUCUGCCUAUGGGCAGACUCAGCAGUCGCCUACCACUCCAGGAAGCUAUGGCCAGCCAGGAUAUCAUUCGCAGCCACCCUCAUCUGGUUAUGGUCAACCGGAAUCAGGCUCACAACGGACUCAAUCGUCCACUUAUGGUGCUGCAUCAGUUCAGCCAGGAUAUGCUGCACCACCCUAUGGAGCGCCUUAUAAUGCCUCUUAUGCUAGUGGUUACUCACAGCCUCCUGCAUAUCCUGCUGACGGGAAUGCAAGUGGGAGCACUCAUGGAACUUAUGAGGCUGCGCCAGCUUCUGAAACUGGGAAACAAGAUGGGGGUGGAAAUGCAUCGCCCCAAUCUUGAUUAGUCAAAUUUAUAUUUUAGUACUUAAUGCAAAUGGUUUUAUUGUACAACAGUUAGAUGUAGCUAUAGUUCUUGCAAUGUGUUACUAAGAUAUGCUAGUGUUUUACUCGGAUGUUUCAGAUGCU